UCUCCGGCACAGACGAGCCUGUGGCGCAAGUCUCGGCUCGCGCAUGCGCAGUACCGAACAAGCAGCUCCGCGCGGCGAUGCCGCUAGAGGGCGCCGGUACUCCAUGCAUGACAGAUUGGCCUGUCAGCCCGCUGUCACUGAAAAUAGCAGGCUGGUCAGAGUGCACAGACUCGGAGUGGGUUAUCAGGACACUGAGCAGGGGAUACCGGCUCCAGUUUGCUGUAACACCUCCGCAAUUCAGGGGAGUAAUUCAGUCACAAGCUCACGGCGACGCCGCUCGUUUUCUGCAGGAAGAGAUUUCUGCUCUGCUAGAAUAAAGAGCUAUAAGAAUUAUUUCUCCCGAACACUGCCAGAGUGGGUUUUAUUCAAGAUAUUUCCUGGUUCCCAAGAAGGGAGGUGGCGGCAAACGUGCAAUUUUAGAUCUCAGAGAUCUAAACAGUCACCUCAGGAAAUACAAAUUCAGGAUGUUAACGCACGCCUCCCUGCUGCGUUUUCUGCGACCAGGCGAUUGGUUCACCUCAAUCGACCUCAAGGACGCCUAUUUUCACAUCCCAAUAUACCCACCACACCGAAAAUAUCUUCGGUUCGCCUUUCAGGGGACAAGUUACGAAUAUCUAGUCCUCCCAUUUGGUCUGUCAUUGAGCCCGAGAGUGUUCGUGAAGUGUACGGAGGCGGCGGUGGGACCCUUGAGGGGGCGGGGUCUCCGCGUCGCAACGUACAUCGACGACUGGCUCAUUGCGGCAUCCUCCCACCAGGAGGCAGCAGAUCACACAAGGCAACUCACGGCACACCUGUUGAAUCUAGGCUUCAAUUUGAACCUGGAAAAGAGUGUUUUUCUUCCUUGUCAGAAAAUCACUUUCAUAGGCCUGUUAAUAGACUCAGCUCAGGCCAGAGUGAGACUGACUGGAGAAAGGCUACAGGUGCUAAGAGACUGUUUAUCCCUUUUUCAAAGGGGAAAAUUUGUGUCUCUCAGGCUUUGCCAGCGUCUGUUGGGACUGAUGGCCUCAGCCCUGGUGACUGAUUGUCUGGAGCAGCAGACACUUCCUGUCCGUGAAAGCUACUCAUGUGCCGGGGAUUCUGAACUGUGGAGCAGAUCUCCUGUCCAGGGGAAACCCCCUUUAUGCAGAAUGGAGGCUUCACCCAGAUGUGGUGAGCCUGAUUUGGGAGCGUUACGGGCGACCAUCAGUGGAUCUCUUUGCAACGUCAGAGAACACUCACUGUCCCCUGUUUUUCUCGCUUCACGACCAGAAUGCACCUCUGGGGGUGGACGCACUGGCUCACCAGUGGCCUCGCACUCUCCUGUAUGCAUUCCCCCCGAUACCUCUGAUUUCUCCUACCCUAGUCAGAGUGAAGGAGGAGGGCUUUACGAUGAUUCUCAUAGCGCCUUACUGGCCAGCAAAGCACUGGCUGGCGGAGAUAACUCAGCUCCUGUAUCAGGAGCCUUGGCCCCUGCCAACCCGGAGGGACCUGUUGUCUCAGGGGCGCGGAGAAAUAUUUCAUCCUCACCCGGACAGGCUGGCUCUGUGGACUUGGCCUGUGAGUGGUUUAAUCUGAGGACUGUGGGCCUUCCCCUGAAUGUGAUUGAGACCAUUCAGAGUGCUAGGGCCCCGUCAACGAGGACCCUUUAUGGGAGAAAGUGGUCGGUUUUUGAAAAAUGGUGCUCAGACUCGCAUCAGGUUCCCUUCCAGUGUUCUGUGACUGGGAUCUUGUCUUUCUUACAAGACAUGGUGGAUAAAGGAAGAGCUUUCUCCACCAUAAAGGUCUAUCUGGCAGCAAUUUCGGCUUGUCAUAUUGGCUUCGAGGGGAAGACAGUAGGUCAGCAUCCUUUGAUCUGCCGUUUUAUGAGGGGCGCACGCCGUAAACUUCCGGUGUGCAGAUCUCUGGCACCAUCCUGGGACCUCCCCUUGGUGCUUAAUGCCCUCUCAGACUCACCUUUUGAACCCCUGGAACAGGUGGAUUUGAAAUUCGUGGCCUUGAAGACGGCUUUACUGCUGUGUCUUGCUUCGGCUAAACGAGUGGGUGAGAUUCAGGCUCUGUCGGUACACAAAGCGUGCACGAAGUUCUCCUCAGGGAAUGCAAGAGUGACUUUACAGCCCAACCCAGCAUUCAUGCCUAAGGUGUUGGGAUCAUGUUCUCCGAUUGACCUCUUGUCCUUCAACCCACCGCCAUUCUCCUCCGAUGAGCAGAAGCGGCUACACAUGUUGUGCCCGGUGCGAGCCUUAAGGGUCUACAUAGACAGGACGAAAAGCUGUCGGAAGAGUGACCAGCUUUUUGUGUCUUGGGCUAAGAGCCGACUGGGGAGGCCGGUCUCGAAGCAACGGCUUUCUCAUUGGAUUGUGUGGGCUAUUGCCUUGGCUUAUAAUGCCAAGGGACUGCAGCCUCCCGAGGGCCUGCGUGCGCAUUCUACCAGAGGUCUCACGACUUCAUGGGCACUUUUCAGAGGGGUCUCCGUUGAGGAGAUCUGCGCUGCUGCGAGCUGGGCUUCCUCACAUACUUUCGCCAGAUUUUACAGGCUUGAUGUGACGGCUCCGACAUUGGCGCAUUCAGUGCUUAAUUUGGCGCAGCCCCAGUGAUGUUGGAUUCGGGGUGCUCAUUGCCUCGUAACAUCUGCACAGCAAUCCGGGAGUCAGGAUUUUCCCAAUGUGAGACACGAAACGAAUGCUAUGAAAGAGAACUUUAGGUUACUUACGUAACCCCGGUUCUCUGAGUAGCAUGAGUGAGUGUCUCACCAGACCACCCUCCUUGCUCUUCGUAGCGAGAAGAGGUGUGUGUCUUUAGAAUGACGGGAAGCGCAGUGUCAGGACUAUUUAUAGGGGGAGGGUCUCCACCCUCCCUGACACUGACGCGCUUGACUCCAGCCAAUGGUGGCUGGCGGAGUGCAAUAGGAGCUUCUGAUGAGGUCACGCUGUAGGCGUUCCCAAUGUGAGACACUCACUCAUGCUACUCAGAGAACCGGGGUUACGUAAGUAACCUAAAGUUUCGGUUGAUUUGUUGUUGCAGCACAACUUUCACUGACUACAUAAAUCAUUUGAUGAAAUCUGCUUCCAUCAAGUGAUUCAUUUAGUUUCAGUCUGCUGUGACUCUCGCUGCCUUAUAACCUGUUUCAUGGUCCGAUGCUCCCCGGACAGAGGAGACCCAUUCUUCACUGAGUAGCUUCUAGAUAUUAAAAUGUAUUUCUGAUCCAACUUUUUCACUACAAUAAAAGCAAGAAACAGAGAUGAUAAAAUGUACUCAAAGCAAUUAGGAAAAAUAUUUUCUAAUGUCCACUUGUGUUUUUGAAGCCAAAUUUAAAUAGUCAAAUACCUGAGAACUCAACAAUAGCGCACAUUUCUGUGCUUCAUACACAAUAAUUACUGUUAAACUACAAAGGCUGGCAGCAAAUGUGCAUUGUAUGUAUUGUUAGCA